GCGAGUUUCAGAAGCUUAUAAGGCAAAAAACAAAGAUUAUUCAAUAAUUGAAAUCGUUUAAUCUUAUCAAUAAAUAUCAAACAAGCGAAACAGGGAUUGUCCAACGUAGUGAACUUUGAAAAAGUACCUACUAUCAAAAUACAAAGUGUAGCCCGAGUAAAAACAAGUUUUUUAUGGACUUUGACUCCAGAUAGCAGUCAUACAGUGCGAAUUAUCGGGCGCUGUCGGUAAUAGUUAUUGUAUCAUUUCGCUUUCGUGAGCCGUGAAGGAUGGAGCAGCUUCGUUUCGACGGUCGUGUGGCGGUGGUGACCGGUGCCGGGAACGGUCUGGGCAAGGAGUAUGCGUUGCUGCUGGCAUCUCGCGGGGCGAAGGUGGUGGUGAAUGACCUGGGAGGCGCUCGGGACGGCGCCGGCAAGUCCGCUAACUUCGCCGACGAUGUCGUCAAACAGAUCAAGGACAAAGGGGGAGUGGCAGUUUCCGAUUACAACUCUGUGGUUGAAGGAGAGAAGAUCAUAAAGACAGCUAUUGAUAACUUUGGCCGCAUUGACAUCGUCAUCAACAACGCAGGCAUUCUCAGGGAUAGGAGUUUCAGCAAAAUAUCUGACCAGGACUGGGACCUCGUGCAUGCCGUCCACAUGAAGGGUGCCUUCAAGACCACGCAGGCAGCAUGGGAACUGUUCAAGAAGCAGAAGUUCGGACGCGUCAUCAUGACGUCCAGCAACGCUGGGUUGCUUGGCAACUUCGGCCAGGCUAACUACAGUGCCGCUAAGCUAGGUUUGGUUGGUCUGGCCAACACCCUGGCUAUUGAGGGAGACAAGUACAACAUCAAGGUGAACACAAUCGUGCCAACCGCCGCAUCCCGUCUUACUGAGGAUAUCCUGCCUCCCAGCAUGUUUGAGGCCAUGAAGCCGAACCUCAUAGCUCCUGUUGUGGCAUAUAUGGUGCACGAGUCCUUCAAUGAAACCGGUCUAAUUAUUGACUCCACUCUUGGCUUCGCCACCAAGACACAUCUGGUCAGAGCGGAAGGAGCUACCCUCAGAAAGAAGCCCACAGACCCUGUGACAAUAGAAUCCGUCAAAGACAACUGGGAGAAGGUUGUCGACAUGACCGGAGCCAAGAAUAUCUCCAAGAUCUCAGAAGUCACACUCAACUUGGUAGAAAAGUUGCAAGAUUUUGAAGAUCGCAGCAAAAUGGACGGCGAUCGUGAGUCUUACUGGACCACGUAUAGCUACAACGCCAAGGAUUUGGCUCUCUACGCCUUGGGAGUGGGCGCUUCAGUAGCGAACCCCACCGACCUGAAGUAUCUUUACGAGGGUCACGAGGACUUUGUAGCGCUGCCCACCUUCUUCGUGCUCGCUGGCAUGUGCAUGGAAUCGCCCAUCGUCAACCAGGCCAUGCAGAGCCUUGGGAAAUUCGCUGACUUCUCUAAUGUACUCCACGGCGAGCAGUAUAUCGAGUUUGUAGGAGACUUCCCAAGCACCGAAGGCACGUUUACCACCCGCGCCUACGUGGUCGAUGUACUGGACAAGGGCUCCAGCGCUGUGGCUCUCGUUAACAGCGAAAUAUACCAGGACAAAGAGCUAGUCUAUCGUACACAGCAGCACAUCUUCGUGCUGGGACAGGGCGGGUUCGGCGGGCCGCGCAGCAGCAAGGCGGCCACCGACGUGGUGGCGGCGCCCGGGCGCGCGCCCGACGCGGUGCUCGAGCAGAGGACUGCUGAGGACCAGGCGGCCUUGUACAGGCUUUCCGGUGACUUCAACCCGCUCCACAUCGACCCCAACAUGGCGGCCACGAUGGGCCAUCAGAAGCCCAUCCUUCACGGCCUGGCAUCUCUUGGCAUAUCGGCUAGACACGUGCUUGUCAAGUACGCGGGCAACAACCCGUCCAACGUGAAAGCACUGAAGGCGCGCUUCGUGAAGCCCGUAGUCCCUGGCCAGACCCUCGCUACAGAGAUGUGGCUGGACGGCAACCGCGUACACUUCCAAACUAAGGUGAAGGAGACCGGGAAUGUCGUCAUCGCAGGUGCCUACAUCGACUUGAAGAAAGUUGAAUCCGCCUCAGGCCCCGCGCCCGCCGCGGCCCCUCAGGCCUCCGGCGUAGCUCUGAAGAGCGACGCUCUAUUCGCCAAGAUCAUUGAGGAGGUCAAGAAGAACGCUGCCAAAGCCAAAUCCAUUGGUGGAGUGUUCCUUUACAAUAUCAUCGACAAUGGGAAGACCGUCAAACAGUGGACUCUGGACCUCAAGACGCCCGUAGUCUUCGAAGGUGCCCCGAAAGCCAAGCCCGACGUCACUAUGACCGUCUCUGACGACGACCUGAUCGCCAUCGCCGGCGGCUCCCUCAACCCACAAACCGCGUUCAUGAAGGGCAAACUAAAGAUCAGCGGCAAUAUCAUGAUGGCCCAAAAACUAGGCCCGCUUUUGAAAUCGGAAGCCAAAUUGUAAGUGAUAUUUUCGGCCAGUAAGCUAGUACUCGUAUUUAUUCGGCGCAAAUAUAAUCGGUGCAAUGUAGGGAUUUUGUGCUGUUAUUUUUUUUUACCAGAAGUGCCUGUUUCUAUUAAUAGUUAUUAUCAAAAAAAUUAAGCAAAUGUAUUUUUUUCUCGCAGAAUUUGGUUCAAUUAUAAAAAUGUAUACAACGUUAAAGCUUAUGAAGCAUUCCAGUAGUUUUAACGAUUAUGUUUUUAUUUAUAUCUUGGUAAAAGCAACCUGUUAUUCCUAAUGUAUUUGAUUUUAUAUAUUUUUAAUGGGCUAAGCAAUGUAAUAAGUACAGAAUAAGUAUAUUUCACAUUACUGUUAUGGAAUGGUGAUGGAUUUUAUCACAGUUGAAUAAAAAAAGUUUAUAUUA